UUAGCAAGAAACAAAAAAACAUGUUUUUGGUUGCUUUAGUGGGCUAUACAUUUUUUCAUGGCUUCACCUUGACCCAUAAAAAAAAAAAAAAUCAUGUACUGUAUAAAUAAUUUGGAGAAAACCGAUGUCAUCCCCUGUUUGUCCACAAGGGGGAGCCAAAUCCACUGGCGACGCCACUGAUGCCUCACUGUUAAAUCAACCAUUUAGUUAUCGACAGUUAUCUUAAGAUAAUAUGCACAACUUAACUCGCCAAACUGAAAACUAUAUUUUAAUUCAUAUUUUGUAUGAUGUUAACCCCACAAUUUACAGAUGCUUUACAACAAUAAACAGAAUCUUUCUCACCACAGAAUGCUAAAUGUGAGCACGUCUGCCCCACUGUGACAUCACAGUGAGCCAAUUAACGUAACAAUCACCCCCACAUCGAUAUACUGUAGUGUCAGCGAGUGACAUGAUCAGCUGGCCAAAGGUGCAGGAUGAAAGAUCAUUCAAAGGAAAGUAGAGUUGCAGUAUUAUUGUUAUUGUUGUUCGUGGUUAGCCUUGGGUGUUCUGUAUUAUAAACAUGUUUGGCAACGUUGUCUCCUUUUUUUGUAUUGCAGCAUUUCUCUUCAUUAUAUAGGACUUGAUUAUUCAACUUUCCAUCUGUUUUUCUAAACCAUUUUGGUCAUCCUGUUUCAGGUGAAUCUGUGCCCAUUAUAAUCCAUCAAGGGGACAUUUAACAAAGAAUGAUCAGUCAUCAAUUUUGGCAUGAAUUGAGGCGACUCGCAAUCGAGGAGGAAGAAUCAUGAUAUGCUUUAAGAUACAGUGUGGUCACGAACCGGAUUAAAUUUGUAACUCAAGGCCCCAUUGUAUAUCGUUGACUUCAUAAUCUCUUGUUUUAAUUCAACGUUUACUGUGAAUUUUUUUCUCCAAAGAAACGCAGACUCCAAAUCUAGGGGCGGCUUUAUGAAACCCCAAACGAACCAUCUCCUGCCCUCAUAAACAUCACGUCUGCGCUCUUUAGCGCCGCCCCUCCUCCUUUUCCUCUCUCAUCACUCCGUCCACCUCUCCUUCUCCUUCCAUCCCUCCAUCCACCACCACCUGUACAUCUGCCACAAGCCAGGCCGCUACCCAGCGUGCGACGGUCGGAGACCGAGCAGCCACGCGAAUCGCUCCUCUUACCCCAGCACCAAUUGUUUUUGAUUGUUUGUUUUGUUGGAAAAGAAACGUGAGGCGGAUUCAACGUCGUCGCUGUAUUUGCAACACCCCCCCCCCCUUCACCACCACCACCUUAUUUUUGCCGAUCGAAUUGGACGUUUACGCACCGGAUGACGCACGACGAAGCAAGCCGUGUCGGCAUCGCGACCCUGGAUCCUCCCAUCCGCUAGCAAGGUGCUCCCCAGCCGCGUCCAGCCAACUUUUGCGGCCGCUCGGCAGUCGCCGGAGCUUGGCCGCCGACUCGCCAUGGCCCCCGAGCGCCGGCGGGUCUCGCCGCUUUGAAACGAGUCGACGACCCGCCCGAUCGCCCGGCCGCGACAUGGCGAAGAGCCGCGAGCGGCUGAGCCCGGAGCCGUCGGUGCACAUGGCCAAGAUGAACGUCAUCAUCCCCUUCUCGCCCGAUGUGCCGUGCGACAGCAACGGCCAGCGCAUGUGGUGGGCUUUCCUCGCCUCGUCCAUGGUCACCUUCUUUGGGGGGCUCUUCAUCAUCCUGUUGUGGCGGACCCUCAAGUACCUGUGGACCGUCUGCUGCCACUGCCGAGACAAGAAGAAGGACGUGCACAGGCUGACCCCGGCCGACGGAGUCCUCAAACGUGCCGACAAAGACGAGGCGGCGGCGGCCAGCGAGGUGGGAUGGAUGACGUCGGUGAAAGAUUGGGCGGGAGUGAUGAUCUCCGCUCAGACGCUGACGGGACGAGUCCUGGUGGUGCUCGUCUUUGCCCUCAGCAUUGGAGCUCUGGUGAUCUACUUCAUCGAUUCCUCAGAUCCCAUCGAGUCGUGUCAGAACUUCUACGAGGACGUCACGCUGCAGAUCGACAUGGCCUUCAACAUUUUCUUUCUCCUCUACUUUGGCCUCCGAUUCAUCGCGGCCAAUGACAAGUUGUGGUUCUGGCUGGAGGUCAACUCGGUGGUGGACUUCUUCACGGUGCCGCCCGUCUUCGUGUCCGUCUACCUGAACCGGAGCUGGCUCGGCUUGAGGUUCUUAAGGGCCCUAAGGUUGAUACAGUUCUCUGAGAUUUUACAAUUUUUGAAUAUACUCAAGACAAGCAACUCCAUCAAGCUGGUCAACUUGUGUUCCAUCUUCAUCAGCACAUGGCUCACGGCGGCCGGAUUCAUCCAUUUGGUGGAAAAUUCUGGGGAUCCUUGGGAGAACUUCGAGAAUUCUCAGGCGCUUUCCUACUGGGAAUGUGUGUACCUGCUGAUGGUCACCAUGUCCACGGUGGGCUACGGCGACGUUUACGCCAAAACCACCCUGGGCCGACUCUUUAUGGUCUUCUUCAUCCUUGGUGGUCUGGCCAUGUUUGCGAGCUACGUGCCUGAAAUCAUAGAGUUAAUAGGCAACCGCAAGAAAUACGGUGGUUCCUAUAGUGCUGUUAAUGGCAGAAAGCCAUGUUUGCUCGCUACGUGCCAGAAAUUGCCGCUCUCAUCCUUAAUCGGAAGAAAUAUGGAGGGAGUUAUAACUCGACCAGAGGCAGAAAGUAAGUCCAAUCAUGUUCACUGGUGUGGUUUUUGUGUGUGACUUUUUCUUGUCUUUUCUCCUGGUGAGAAAUGUGAGAUGUAAACAUCUCCGCGUUCAAGUCACACCGUGACUGAAGAACUGGGCCAUGGUUCGUUCGUCUUGUUUGCUUGUGUUGUCGUCGUCGCUGCUGCUGCUUCGUGUCCGCCCGCUAGGUAUCGUUCUUGUGUUGCCGUUUAAAAACAAUGUGGCUGCCUGUCAGGUGUUGAGCCAACUAGUCGCCAUCUCGACCAGUCAACACGUUGUCUCGUGUAGUCACGUUUGUCUUUAUUAUCUAUACAUAGCAUUGCAAUUUUUCAUCAUAGAACCUUCACCUCCUAAGAUUACCGUAUUUUCCGCACUAUAAGGC